AUGGAUGUCGCAAGUAUCGCAGAUGUACUGGCCAAAAACGUUGCGUUUUUUGCAGAUUCGCUUGGUGAGUUGCAUCUGACACCCAGCCACGAAACAGAGUGGCAUCAAGUGUAUUUCGCCGAUGAUGGGCGGCACAAGGUUGUGGUCAGCAUCCCAUCCUGGUCCGGAACAGAUUUGUACAGCAAAACUCUCGCUGAAGAAGCUCUGUCUGGUUUGGGUCCGCACCAUAUCGGCACUCUGGUCCACGGAAGCCAUAUCUUGUUAGUGAACGAAUUCUUUGAUGGCGGCACAUUAAAAACAGAGGACUUGACCAGUGAAACCCUGGCAAUGGUUGGAUCGUUGUACGCACGGCUGCACAAAGCUGACGUUUCAUGGUUCCAGCCUGUUUGUGAGAAACUGCUUGCAGACGGAGUACUCGCUAAGCACGAAAGCGAUUGGGCGUUCUGCUUGUGGGUUCUCCCACGUUUGCUUGGUCUGGUGCCCGAGAGGAACAAGUUGGAGUUGGCUGCGCUAGGCGUGAAUUGGGACUACAUUGCUGCUGAAGUCAAGUCUUUGCCCGUUUGUCCGGAGCUUCCAACAAAGGGCUUAACGUCCCGCAGCGUCUGCGUUCACGGCGAUGCACAUCUAGGCAACAUCAUGUGGCACCGGGGCGAGUUGCGGCUCAUUGACUUUGACAUGACUGCAGUGGGACCUGCGGGUGCCGACCUGGCUUACAUUGUUCUCAUGCUGUUUCGUUGCGGGUUCAGUCCUGACGCAAUCCUCGACGUUGGUUCGCAGCAGCAGUUUGUCCGUGCCUACUUGGAAGCGUCCGGGUCUAGCUCGACAGCCGACGACAUCGAUACUUUCCUCCUGGAGAUGCACUGCUGGGCAUACGUUGGCCUCUUGCAAAUGGGCUUGUUAUGCGCUGUUCUCAUGCACAAUGAGGGCAACGCAGCGAAAAGAGAUCUCAUGAGACAGCGGGGACCGGUGCUGCUGCAUCCCGGAUUUUUAGCGAAGGCCAAGGAAGUCAUGCGUGGAGCGGCCUCAGACAAGGACAAGGCUGGCCAGCUGGUGGCGCAAGGCGGCUGUUUGCUUCCUGCGGAGCAGGCAGUGGGUUUGACCGGCCCUCCGCCGCCGGAGGUCCUCCGGAGCCUCGCGCCCCCUGAGGAGGAUGACGAGGAAGAGGAGGAGGAGACGCUGGAAGAGAACGAAGCCACCGAGUCGGUGAGGUCCAGGACAAAAGAGCCGACAUCACCGACGAGCCCCAAGAUUGUGGAGGAGCUUGCUAGCCUGCGCUGGGAAGUGCAGCAGGGGCAGAGAUUGGACAAGGACUUACAAUUCAAAGGCCUCUCGCUACCGUUGUCUUUCCAACACAUGAGAGCUACAUCCAUGAUUUUGGCCAUCGCUUUGCUGGCUGUCGCCCAGGGUGUCCGCACACAGGAUGAUGCUAUCCCGAGAGACAGGUUCGUCGAUUCAUGCCAGAAUUCAACUUGCGUUUACUGGGACGACCCUGCGCGGGGAUACCGCCAAUUGAAAACUGGAGACUUGGUCUUCCUUUUCUCCACCGACAUUGUUUCCCAGAUCCAGAUGUCUUUUACCGGAGCCGGUGUGAUGCACGUCGGGAUGGCUGUUUGGUCCAAACCAGGUAGAGACGGUUCGCUGCAUUACAUCCCGGAAUUUGACGGUGCGACUUCGGUCCUCGGGAUGCUGGAGGUGAGCAACCACGUCAUGGAGGAUAUGGAAACUACCGAAUGGAAGAAGGGCUUUCACUACGUCGACAUGUACCACAAGUUGACUCAUGGUUGGCCGGCAAGCCUCCGCGUCUAUAUCAAACCGAGGAAGCAGAAGUUGGACGAUGCUGAAAUGGAUCAGCUUCUUACGAUGUCCGCCUGCUUUCAUUCUCGCAGAGUGGCCUACCUGAAGAUGUUCACCACGAGUGAAUCGGUUCUGGGAAAGUUCUACCGCGCGUGGACAAAGUCUACCCGCGAGGUGACAGAAAAGUUCAAGAACAUGUUUUGCUCCCAGUUUGCUGCCCUGAUGGCGAUGAUCUGGGAUGGCGAGCUGCAGAUGAACAGGGACGGAAGCGUCACAAGCCAGGACAUAUCCGGUGCGCGACAGCUUCUUCCCGGUGACUUCCACCCCGGCGAUGUCUUCAAGAUUGAGAACGGCAAGUUCAAUGAGCCGUACCAACUCCAGAUUCCGUACCCCGAGUACCCGAAGUACGAGCGCAUGGCUUUGCAGCAGAAAGCUCUGAUCCACCACCCCUAUGCAAGGAGCAAAGAUGAUCUGCAGCAGCAGUGCAAAAAGCUUCCCUCCAUUGAGUACGUCAAGGAACACCUCCCGACUUUCAUGACCAAGAUGGAAAAGUGGCAGCGCGAGAAUACCUGCGACACCGUCUGUGGGAAGCCGACUAUGGAGAUGCCCUUGCACCCGGGAGGGGAGAACGUGACCUGGAAGAUUUUUUCGGGCUCUUGGAACGAAAAGGAGAGGCGAAAGGAGCCCGACAUUAGCCAUCAGCAUUGCAUGUCGAGCUGCAUCGUCCUCGGAGCAGGAACUGCGAAAUGUUCCCGUGGCAGGCCAAACUACCAGAAGGUCGCCAAGAUGCAAAAAGGUGGCACCACGUACAAAGCCUGCUGCCGGACGAUCCGCUGCGCCUGGGAUAAAGCCGUCGACGCCCGCGACCAGCAGGAUGGUGAGGAUGGAAUCCGAGCGUGGCUGCUGAGUGCAGAAACAGAUGAUGAGGUGUUCCCGGGUUUGAAGUUGGACAGUACUGGCAUAGUGGCUCCUUGUGAUUGCAGGAACAUCUCGGCACUCGAGGAGCUAGUCGACAUGCUGCAGACGAGAUGCCGGGAGCUAGAGGAUGAGAGCCGGGAGCUGGUAGACUUGGCAGCCGCCAAACAGGAGCACGAGAUGCUCGAGGCGGGGGUCCCCCCAGAGCGUCGGGAUGAGGACCUGCCAGACCCCAUCGCCUCCAUCAAAGAGCGGCAGCUGUCUCGCGAGCCGAUCCCUCGCUUAAGCUUCGCCGAAGAUCGCAAGGGCGAACGGGAUGCCGAAAUGGAAAGGCUCCGCCAACGGUGCGAGGACCUGGAGGAGGAGCGCCUACACCUAUCUGCGCUGCUCGAUCAGUCAGCCGAAAAUGGUGCCACCUUCGCAGCCGGAAUCGAGGAAGCCCUGGCUACGGUCACCUCAACGCUCACUGGACAGACGGAGGAGUCUGUGGGCUUCGCAGGCGACGGGCAGGAAGAUCUGCAGCAAAAGUGCGAGCGGCUUGAGGCUGAGAAGGAGAAGCUGCAGGAGCAUGUGGAGAGGCUCUGGCAGAUGUGCCAGGAAGCAGACAAAGGAAGAGGCGACCAGAGCUACCAG